AUGGCGGCUGCUCUUCAGCAACACGGGGGGCCCGGGGGAGCUGGGGGCGACGGCGCUGCACCUGGCGCUGACCUUUCCGCCCAAGCUCGAGCAAUCAAGUACAGGAAGUGCCACGCGGUGUUCGAGCGAUACCCUGGCACCCCAAUGGGAAUGCAAAUGCUGGACAAGAUCAAGCAAGACUUCUUGGUUCGUGCAGGCGUGCAAGCGGAGUUCUUCGACACGGCUGGCCGCCGCCUCAUCGCCCCACACGAGCUGAACGUUCGGAAGAACAACAUCCAGAUACAGCGCUUCAAGCGGAGCAUCCUGAAGUACGGGAACAUUCAAGGGGUCCGAGGUGGCGCGAUUGCUGUGCUGUCUUCGGCUCCAGGCGAGAGCAAUGGGGCCCCCCCGUGGAGAAUGCUUACCUAUGGAUCAGUCUCUCGCGCCGUGUACUUGGCGGUGGACGAGAACACGACGGAUCCUGUCCAGAAGAAAAACGUCGAGGCUACGUUGUCGGCGGGCCUUGUCCUCGAUGAGUACGAGAGCGCCAUGCCGAUCGACUGCGCGGAGCACAUCCGCGACUUUUACAACGCCUUCCACGGAGGGGCUGGGAUUACCUUCCUCGAAAUCAUCGACAAAGUUGAGACUGCGGAUUCGGAAUGGAAGGCCCACGCGCACGCGAACGGCAUCACAUUGGGGAAACAAGGCCGAGGGGACGACGGAUGCGCAAAGCAGCUGUCCGACUUCCUUGACAAGCACUACAAGGAGAUCUACGAUACCCGGGAGCUCUUCAUGGCGGCGCGCAGCCUGAUGAACACGUUGAAGAAGCUGGGUAAUAUGUGGCCCAGGUUCCAACAGAUUCUUGGUGGCGAGUGCGACUUCCUUGCCCCCGGCUUGGGUCGCAAGAUGAUGGUCAAAAUGCUGCACUACUGGAGCACGCAGGUGGCUAAGUUGAUUGGAACAGUCCACUGGUCCACCGAGGACCUCGCCAGAUUGUUCAUCCAGGGCGCCAGGUUCAUCUCCCCGACCGAGGACUGCCAGAAUUGGCUCAUCAACAGCAUGAGCACCCAGAACCAGGACAAGAUGAAGCUGAUCGUGACUGAGAUGGCUGACAGCAUUCCGCCACCUCACAAGAAAGCCAAGCAGUCCAAGACCGCAGAGGCCGCGAGCAAUCCGUCCAAUCUGAAGCUGAAGGCCGCCUUGAAGAACGGGGGGGAGCGAGACGUUGCGUGGAUCGACGACGUGCAGGUGAUGCACGUCGAGGCUCGGAGCAACUACGCAGGCGGAGGAGACCCCUUCGACGAUGAUGAGGCGAUGGACCAGAUCUACUCCGCGAGCUUGUUGUUCUGUUGGAACACCAGCAUCAGCAUAUGCGGGAAAAACUUUACCGCCUGGUCAGUGCUGCGGCCGAAGUUGGCAGGCGCAAUUACUUCUGCAAGUGUCUCUGGGAUCAGGCAGUCCGAUUCCGCCGCUACUCGAGGAGCCGGGGCCGCGUCGGCGUCGGCAGACGCAUCUUCUUCGGAGCCGUCAGCGGGACUGUCAGCUGUUGGUGCAGCGCUGCUCCAGGUCCUGGGCAAGGUUACCGGGGAAGAUGAGGUGGCAUCUCGUCGGAAGCUUUCGGGCCAUGCUUCGCCCAUCCCCGUGACAGAGGAAGACAUCACCUCCAGCAUGGCCAUGAUCAAAGAUCCCAUCACAGCGUUCAUGCAGGAGAACCCGCCCUCUAUGAGGAUCAAGUUCCAUCCGUCCUUGACCCAGGCGAGUAUGAAGGUCGAGAUGGCCGCCCAGGAGUUCAAGAACAAGAGCCUCGGCGAGCCGAAGACCCACCCAUCCAUCAGCGACUUGAUGAAGAUCAUCGCGGCUGCGCUACCCUUCAAGCUCGAGUGGAUGGACCUCGCAGCCGACAUCACGGAGUUCACAGUGCAGCAGGGCGGUUUCCCAGGAGCGGCGGUGUCCGACCUCUUCGCAGACGCACAAAGCACCACCGUCUUCGGGCUCCUCCGAGAUAAGUACGCCAUGAGCAUGCUGCAUCAGUUGGUCUCUGAGGAUGGACAGUUCGGACAGUCCAGCCAGAACCCUGCGUCCAAGCACUUGUUUGAUAUCGUGAUGGCCGUGCCGCCGCUGGACUCGAGUACGUUCCAUAUGUUGGGUGUCUGGGACAUGAACCUGAAGGCCAAGUCGAUCGACUACUGGGUGCAGGCAUGGGCAUCAUUAUUUGACGGGAUUGUGAAAGUUGAGAACGCCAGUCCACGCGAUGCUCUUUGGCUUGCUGUGGAGAAGCGUGCCAAGGGGGCCUUCAAGGGGAAGCUCUUCCCCUCCGGCUCACAUGAUUCCCAGCCGACGUCGGAGUCGCAGCCUUCUCAAUCGUCAGUUCAAACUCCGAAAGCCGAGGGCACGCAGACCGCGCCGGAGCCAGAGUCGAAGCCUGAGACGCAGGAGGAUAACAAGCCUGAGACGAAGGAGAAGAAGACCACCACCGUCGAUUCCAUCGUGGGCUUCGACACGGUCAACACGUACAUUGGCACCAACGUACUCGACGCAAUGGAGCUGGAACGGGACACCGACUCACCAGUGAUCAUGAUCCCGAAAAGCCAUUUCCAAGCUGGCAUGCUCAAAGCGCUGUGCAAGGCAAUCGAGUCGCACCUCUUCAUCCGCGAGUUCCAGGUCCAGGGCAGCACGUUCGACAAGAUCAAGGUGGACAGCAGCAACGGGAGGGUCUACGCCGACGCUACGCAGGACACGCAGUUCAAGCUGAGCUUCUGCGGCAACGUGACCUGUUUCAGGACCGACGGGUGUUUGCUGCUGGCGAAGCUUCACAUCAUGGACGAG